UCCAUUCCCCACUUCUAUUUCAGGUUUCAUUCCAGAGAAACUGUCCUCUUUUCUGUAUGAAUAUUCCAGGUGUAUUUUAUAUUACAUUCUUACUGAGAGACAUACGAACACCAUCAUGGAGACCAUGGAUUUUGAGGAAGCAGCAAUUUUCUCUGCCCGGAGUGCCCUUACUUCAGGCAGCAGGCAAGAAGAACUCUUCCAAUCUCCUUGGACUAACUGAGGCAGAAUUAAAAGAACAGUUUGUAAGAGGUGAUGGCCCAGGAGGUCAAGCCACAAAUAAGACAAACAACUGUGUUGUCUUGAAGCAUAUUCCAUCUGGGAUUGUAGUAAAGUGUCAUCAAACAAGAUCAGUGGAGCAGAACCGAAAGAUAGCCCGAGAAAUCCUGCGGGAAAAAGUGGACCUCUUCUACAAGGGUGAAGACAGUGAUGUUUUUAAAGAGAAGAAAGCGUCAGAGAAGAAGAAGCAGGAGAAAAAAAGAAAAGCAAAGGAAAAUCUAGAGAGGAAAAAGCAUUUUAAAGAAAUGCAACAACUGGAUAUGAAAUAAAUAUGUGAAAUACUGAGUUGCCCUGGGAGGGUAAGGGAAACGUUUGUCAUUAUAUCUAAAUACAGUUUUCAAACUAAAAGAUGAUGUAGGGCUUCAUAAGCACAACUGAAGUACUGAGCAGUCAGUCACCUGCUCUCAGUGUAAAACUGAACUGGUAAAAGCAGUCAUGUAGUCCUGCUUCUGUCUGCCAUCAUCUCAUUUGUCACGUUUAGCAAUCAGUUUUUCUGCCAAGUUCAGAAGAUGAUAAAACAAUCCUUGCUAAAAAGGAACUAUAACCUUUCCACCAUUGUUAACGGAGACACCAAAAAACUCACUCGAUCUCCUUCUGCCCAGCUGAUAACUUAUGCUGCUUUAUAGGAGUUCCAGUACAUACAGAGAACAGCCCUAAAAAGUUGUAACUUCCCCUCCUUACUCGGACAACACCUCUACAGACAUAAAUCCUUCAUAAACUGCGACCAGGUUUAGAUACUGGUUCUGAUGGUUUAAACAGACGUGCUGAUAAGAAGAGACCUCGGUCGCUGGCCGCCUCCUUUAGAUCUGUUAGCUGAACAAAUGCUCUGGGCUACUCAAUUCUGAAUGAAGUUUAAACAGAAGCCUUACAAAUCUUACCUGGAGUGGUGGUGAGCACUGGGGCAGAAGGCACUCCUGCAAGAGAGGGCUGGUCAGUCAUCUUCCAGUUCAAAGGUAAAAUUGGGUCAUUACAGAUAAAGAAGAACACAUAAUGGAAACUGCCUCCCAAGGCAACAGAAUCCCAUUUAUCCAAGUGAAGUAACUACCUUUGCCUUUUAAUACUGUAUUUUCUUCAAGUAGCCAUAGCUCUGGAUGUAUUAGCCCAUUUUCCUUAGGAUUUAGACCUGACUGUGCAAUAGUGCACUACAGUCCCGAUGUUUAUGCUGCAGUUAAGCUUGGGCAUCUUGGUAUCUUCACUCAAACUGUGACAGUUUCCCAUUUUAUGCAAAUACAUGCAGCUGCGAUUCCUUUGUUGCUGUUACUUUGAAGCCACUAGCGAAGUACACUUUCCUGUUUUAAUCUUGUUAACAACUCUUAACUGCUUAACCAGAACUUCUCUUUAAUUUUUGGACAGCACCCUCACCAGCUGCCACCAAGUUUUGGCCUUCAAGAACCAAAGCUGUAGUAUGUAUUUUGAAAGCAAUGGAGACAACUAGCAACUACGCCACCUUCUAACGAAGAUCAAUUGCAUCCAGACUGUGCCAUGGAUGGAAAGUUGCCAGUGAUCUGCAGGCCCAUUCCCUUGUCUGUUCCUGAACUUGAGCCUCCUGCAUGAAGGUUAAAUUUUUAUCUGUUGAGAGUUCUUAUUCAUGGAGUAUGAAUCUGAUUAAAGUGACUGUACAUAGUUUUAAUACAAACUGUUAAUGAAAAUAAGCUUUAUUACGUCAAGUAAUAAAUACAUACAAAGAUGCAAAUAACAGUUUUAGUAAUUUAUCCAGAAUUUUCUUUUUUUGGCAAACUUUAAACUGAAAUCUCCAGCCUUAAUGUAGAAAUUAGCUUUCCAGGACCUUGUUAUUAUUUAAUAGGUUUCCCUAUUUUCCAUAUAACUCAUGCACUUUAAAUGGACUUCAAAGCACUAACAGUCAUGCAAAUGUUUAUGCAAAACGAACAAAAAAGGAAAAAUAAGAGAAGGGGAGGGUUAUUUCUAAGCAGGGCCUAUGCUGUAUGACAAAUUGUGACUUAGCAGACUACUAGGUACAGCAUGCUAUUCUGCAUUUAUUAAAAAAAAUCCUCAGAGCUUAUGUCAAACUUUGAAAGAUUGACGGUUUGGGGUUAAGUGAAUAUAGUCAA